AUGGACAAAGCUUGGGUACAUCUAAACAGAGUUGAUCCUGGAUAUGAGAGAGGGGCUUCAAAGUUUGUCCGGGAUGUGGCUUCAGAAAUGGGAGGGGUUGAUGUUAUUGUAUGUCCGUGUAUUGACUGCCGUAACAUAGUUCGACAUUCAGCAAGUGUGGUACUUGAUCAUCUUGUUACUAGGGGUAUGGAGGAGGGUUAUCAGAUGCGGGCUGAUUGGUAUCUACAUGGAGAGUUGAACGCAGAGGUUGCUGAUGAAAGCAAAGGAAGUGAGUGGAACGAUGAGAUCUAUGGGUUGUUCAGAGCUGCUGAGUGUUUUGAUGAAGAGUUAGCUGGUAUGGGGAAUCUAUCUGAUAUGGCAGAGGGAGAGGAUAAGAAAGAAGAUGAGUUCUUGGCAAAGCUAGCUGACGCUGAAACACCAUUGUAUCCGAGCUGUUCAAGCCAUAGCAAGUUAUCUGCAAUUGUUUCGUUGUUCAGAUUGAAGACUCAGAAUGGAUGGUCUGACAAGAGCUUCAAUGAUUUGCUAGAGACCUUGCCAGACAUGUUACCUGAAGAAAAUGUCUUGCACACAUCACUCUAUGACGUGAAGAAGUUCUUGAAAUCAUUUGACAUGGGCUACGAGAAGAUCCAUGCUUGUGGCAACGACUGCUGCCUAUUCAGAAAGAGGUUCAAGAAGCUCGAUAAGUGUCCUAAAUGCAAGGCUUCAAGGUGGAAGACUAAUGUUCACACGGGUGAGACGAAGAAAGGCGUCCCACAGAAAGUUCUCCGUUACUUCCCUGUAAUACCAAGACUGAAGAGAAUGUUCCGGUCUGAAGAAAUGGCCAAGGAUUUGAGGUGGCACUUUACCAACAAAAGCAGUGAUGGAAAGCUGCGUCAUCCUGUUGAUUCUGUGACAUGGGAUCAUAUGAAUGCCAAAUACCCUACGUUUGCAGAUGAAGCAAGUAACCUGAGGCUGGGACUUUCAACAGAUGGAUUCAAUCCAUUCAACAUGAAGAACUCGAUGUACAGUUGCUGGCCUGUUCUGCUAGUUAACUACAACUUACCUCCAGACCUGUGCAUGAAGAAGGAGAACAUCAUGCUUUCUUUGCUGAUUCCUGGUCCACAUCAGCCUGGUAAUAGCAUAGAUGUGUAUUUAGAACCCCUAAUCGACGAUCUUAACACUCUGUGGAGCAUUGGAGAGGUAACAUACGACGCUCUUACUCGAUCAGCUUUUACACUAAAGGCGAUGCUGCUUUGGACAAUCAGCGAUUUUCCAGCUUAUGGGAAUCUAGCAGGCUGCAAAGUAAAGGGAAAAAUGGGAUGUCCGUUAUGUGGAAAAAAUACAGAGAGCAUGUGGUUGAAGUUCAGCAGAAAGCAUGUGUAUAUGGGUCAUAGAAAGGGUUUGCCACCAACUCACAGUUUUAGAGGAAAGAAGAAAUGGUUUGAUGGAAAAGUAGAACAAGGGAGAAGGGGAAGAAUACUUACUGGGCGUGAUAUUUCUCAACAUCUGAGAAAUUUUCACAAUGAUUUUGGAAAUUUCAAACGGUCUGCCAGUAAGAGAAAAAUGAUGCAGGGUUCAACUGAUUUAGGGUCUGAUAUUGAGGGUAUGUCGAGUGAAUCAGAUGAAGAGGAAGAAGUACUAGUAGAUGAGGAUGAGUUAUCUAGAUGGAAGAAGAGGUCAAUAUUGUUCAAGCUACCUUAUUGGGAGGAACUCCCGGUGAGGCACAACUUAGAUUGUCAGCUUAAGCAUGGAUCUCAGACAAUGAAACGGAAUCAGAAGUGCAAAUUGAUGGACAUUGGUGAGAGGAAACAAGUUGUUGCUGAAGGUCGUAUCCAUUCAACAGACCCAACUCAACUGGUCCACUUUGUGCGCUUGGGUCCGAAAGCAGCUAGAGUGUGGGUAGAUGCAGUGCUCGUAGAUGAUGCCGAAGUUUGGAGGAAAUCAGAUGAAAUAGAGAGUUUGAAAGAUGCACACGGUUCAUCAAUUGCAUGGCCAAUUGAUAAAUUGGUCAUAUUUUAA